UUCAUCUCGUACCUUUUCAACACAUUGUUUUAGCAACAUUGCUAAUUUGUUAUUUUCGACCACAUGCAGUAAAUACGUUUCUUAUGGGAUUUACUUUGCGUGUCAAACUGUCAUUUAACUGAUAUAGGGCCCAGCGAAAUUCGGGCGGCAAGGCGAUUGAUUUGGAGUUUUGGUGGCCACUUCACUGACAAGGACCAAGGAGUUGCAUUUAAACCGCUGUUUCGAUUUAACUAACCUACCGUAACAUAAUUUCGUAAAAACGGGCUGUACAGUUGAAUUUUAUUACCCGAAAUGUUGCGUACUACCACCGGUCUUUUAUCUCGUCUCUCAGUCAAUGAAUCAAAAACGACCAGUUCCGCUUUGGGCCUUGAGUUUGUGCGCUGGCGUCGGAAGCCCCGUUGGUUACCUGUAGCGAAAAGUAAAUUGUACCGUGUGCCGGAGCGCAAGGAACAAAAUGCGGAUGAAAGAGCUGAAUUGAUGCGACUGCAUAACAAUUACAAAUUACAAAUGCGCUCUAUACGGCAGUAUUUACGCGAAGAGGUUUUGCGUUUGAAUGUAACAACCACUGCUGAUCACAUUGUACUCACACCAGAGCAGGAAGAAGCCGAGUUCCAACGUUGUAUGCAAGAGAAUGAAGUUUGGAAUCAAGCGAUUGCCGCUGAACGAAAUGCACGUUUGCAGAAGGACCGUGAACGACAGGCUGGCGAAAUUCGCGAACGUUUAGACGCAGCGCGUUUGCGCGAGGAAGAACGUUUGGAGCGAGCUGAAGAAAUUGUUAGGCGAGAGAAAGAAUUAGCAAAGACAUAUGUAACCCGCGAAAAUCUUGAUACCGCUAUCGAACAGGCGCUAGCCAAUCCAGUUGAUUACAACUUUUCCUUGGAUUUGAAAGGCAAUAUUUAUCGAGGGCGCACCACUCUGCCAGGUGGUAAAGGUACACCAGCCACAAGUGGCGCCCAAGAGGGUGAAUUACAGCAAGCUGUAGAAGCUAGAAACUAAGUGGAUCGUUAUCAAGUAGUAUAACAGAUUUUGAAGUGCUUUCCUUAUACAUAUUUUAACGUUAUUGAGUGUUGCGUUCGCAGAAAUCGUCAAUGGCGCAAAAUAAUAAAGUGAAAUGAAAAGUUUGCAAUUUA